AUGGCAGUAUUAGAUGAGAUUCCUCUUGUCACUGCGCGUGUUCGUGUAGCCGGGGAGCUUGCGACAGAAUAUGACCCCUUUGAUGAUCAAGAACCCGUGAUCAACCUUGACAAGGAAGGCAGCAAGAUCCCUGCAAGAAACUGCUAUAUCGAAGCCAAGUCAGGUGCUGAGUUUGCCGUCGAAGUCACGGUCUCUGGGGAGUACCGACUCCCUCAUUCACACGACAGGUUCAUCGCCGAGGUCUCCAUUGACGGCCAAUGGAUGGAAUCUCGUUGCAUAGGGACGCCUUUUUCUCCUGGCAUGUCAUCCACAAUCGUCAUCUCAGGCGCUGAGUUCUUAGCAGAGAAUGGGAGAGUGGUUACCAGAAAAUUUGUCUUUGCUCCUAUUACCAAAACUCCCGAUCACAUCAGUACUGAUCGCCUCAACAAUGAUAUCAAACAAGCGGAAACAUUGGGAACAAUCCGCCUGCGUCUUAAAACAGGGUGGUUCGAAGGGUCGAGUUUCCCGAAACCUCUCACUUGGCACGGAGGGCGAGAUGUGGAGUUGGCUGAGAAGGCACUGAAAGGGAGAGCAAUAAGCCAUGCAACACUGCUGGCUGAGACAGACCGGAAACCGUGUCCGGUUAGAUCAAAGAUCGAUGAUAUGCGCCUACUGGGAGAAAUCUUCUUUCGUUACCGAUCCUACCAAGCGCUCCAGCAUGAGAUGAUUAUUCCACGCACUCCGUCGCCUGAGCUCUCAGCUACAGCUGGAUUUGAUGAUGAUCCCCUCUCUCACCUCUCCGAGAGUGACAUUCGCCGUCUUGCUCUGGAAAGACUAUAUGACCCUCAGGUCAAGGAUGAGGUUUAUCAGAUCAAACGGGAGGCAUCGGAAAACCCCCGUACGCCUCGACCGUGGAAGUUUGUGAGACUAGAAGAUGGGAAAGAGGCUGUUGACCUGACAGAUGAUUGA